CGGAAGUAGCGACACUGAAGUUCGUUCGAGCAAUGACUUCAAUCCCUGUCCCGGAUGUCCUUGCCUGGAACUCUGAUCCUUCAAAUUCUGUCGGUGCAGAAUACAUGAUUCUCGAAAAAUGCCCAGGACGUCAGUUGCAUGCUGUCUGGGGUGAAUUGGACGAGUUGCGUCGGUUUGAGCUAGUCAAGACCAUUGCUGAUUUCGACGGUCAGUUAGCAUCAAUUGAAUUUCCGGUGAAUGGCAGCCUAUAUCUACGUACCUCCGGACCGCAAAACUCGGUGGCUUUCCAUACGCAAAAAGCCCCCCAAGAGGACUUUUGCGUCGGCCCCGUGUUUAAUGAUUCCUGGAUGAGAGGCAUCAAUCCAGCAAGGGAAAAAGAGAUGGAAGCUGGACCUUGCCUGACCUGUGUUCUUUUGGUUUAGCUCGAGCUCGCCAAGGGGCAUGGCAUGUAAAGAACACGGAGUACCUGGGUGCACGAGGGCCAUAUUUUGGCACUCCAGAGUCACAUUUGAAGCUUUUGGAAGUUGCUAUGAAGGUCAUCCCUAUUUUGGCCAGGACUCCUCUCUUGCAACGAUAUGGCCGACCCACCCUUUGGCACACGGACUUGCAUAUGGGGAACAUCUUCGUUUCGGAACAGGAUCUUACGAAAAUCGUCGGUGUGAUUGAUUGGCAGUUUGUCUCAAUUCUACCAGGAUUCACACAGGCAAGGUGGCCAGAGUUUCUUACUCCGCCAGAAGGCUAUGAGACAGGCCUAAUUGAACCCCAACUCCCUGCUGACUUUGAGGAAAUGGAGCCGGACGAACAAGUCUACGCAAUUUCGCAGAGGGACCAGGCUUUACAAGCAAAAUGUUAUGAAGUCGCCCUCGGCCGAUGCCACCAUGACUCGUACUUGGCUCUUACCAGAAUCCACGACACCAUCCGACGCUUAUUUGUUUUAUGCGAACGGACGUAUAAGGACGGCAUAGUGCCGCUGAGAGAUUGUCUUAUUGAGCUUUCUAGUAAUUGGGAGAGCCUUCGACUUACGGGAAGCCCUCCUAUGACGCUCUCGAAAGGGGAAGUAGCGACACACGAUAUUCAGCUGGCUGAAUAUCAAGACUGGGUUAAGCUCCGGAAGUAUACGCAAGAGAUUUUAUGCUCGGAUGAUGACGGCUGGGUAUCACCAGAACUAGAUUUCGAUAAGGUCCAGGCGCAGGAAAGAGAACUCUUCGAGCUUUACCUCCAACGGCAAGCGCCAGGCACCUCGGCUGAGGAAGCGAGGGAGCUCUGGUUCUACAACCAAAGACAUCCAUAAAGCUUCAACCAAUGCAGAUCCAAUGUCAAGAGAGCAGAGAAAACAUCGCACAAUACUAUUUUCAGACUCUAUACCCCGGACACAUCUGAUAAUGUCACUGGUCACUAGGUACUUCGAAAUUUUCACGUUUGCCACUCCACGGAAUAUACGAGGUUCGGUAGGAGGUUAGUGACUCUUGG